GAGGCAAGGCACAGGCUGAUAGCAGAGCAAUCGCCACUCAGUCUGAAAUAACUGCAAGGGCACAGCCAGAGGCUUCCUGAGUGAGGAUGGAGAAGGGAAUGAACGUUCUACAUGACUUUGGGAUCCAGUCAACACACUACCUCCAGGUGAAUUACCAGAACUCCCAGGAUUGGUUCAUCUUGGUGUCCGUGAUUGCAGAUCUCAGGAAUGCAUUUUAUGUCCUCUUCCCCAUCUGGUUCCAUCUUCGAGAAGCUGUGGGCAUCAAACUCCUCUGGGUAGCUGUGAUUGGAGACUGGCUCAACCUCGUCUUUAAGUGGGUUCUCUUUGGACAGCGCCCAUACUGGUGGGUUCUGGACACCGACUACUACAGCAACACCUCGGUGCCACUGAUAAAGCAGUUCCCAGUCACCUGUGAGACCGGCCCAGGGAGUCCCUCUGGCCACGCCAUGGGUACAGCAGGUGUAUACUAUGUGAUGGUUACAUCCACCCUCUCUAUCUUUCGGGGAAAGAAAAAGCCAACCUACGGAUUUCGGUGCUUGAAUGUCAUGUUGUGGUUGGGAUUCUGGGUCGUGCAACUGAAUGUCUGCCUGUCACGGAUCUACCUCGCUGCUCAUUUUCCCCAUCAAGUUGUUGCUGGAGUCUUGUCAGGCAUUGCGGUUGCCGAAACUUUCCGCCACAUCCAGAGCAUCUACAAUGCCAGUCUCAAGAAGUACUUUCUCAUCACCUUCUUCCUAUUCAGUUUUGCCAUUGGAUUUUACCUGUUGUUAAAGUGGCUGGGGGUCGACCUGCUGUGGACUCUAGAGAAAGCCAAGAGAAGGUGUGAGCGGCCAGAGUGGGUCCACAUUGACACCACGCCCUUUGCCAGCCUCCUCAAGAAUCUGGGGACCCUCUUUGGCUUGGGUCUGGCUCUCAACUCCAACAUGUAUCGGGAGAGCUGCAAGGGCAAACUCAGCAAGUGGUUCCCAUUUCGCCUCAGCUGCAUCGUGGCCUCCCUCGUCCUCUUGCACCUCUUUGACUCUUUGAAACCCCCCUCACAAAUCGAGCUGAUCUUCUAUGUCCUGUCCUUCUGCAAAAGUGCAGCGGUGCCCCUGGCAUCUGUCAGCCUCAUCCCCUACUGCCUCGCCCGGGUGCUGGGCCAGCCCAACAAGAAGACUUUGUAAGGGGAUAUGGAGUCUUCAGGAUUGAAAGCCAAUGACUCUGCCAAGGAUUGAGGAUGGUUAGGGCCUUCUGCCAGCCCGUCGUGAGGCCAGAGGGACUAGAGUCAGCUCAGGCAGCCCCCCUUCCCCCUUUGCAAUUCUAAUUGUAUUAGGUGAUGUUUUAUUGAGAAGCUAGAGAAAGCUUUUAUUUGAGAAAGCCUUAUUGGAAGGUGGGUCGUUCUGGAUUUUCCCUGCGAAGGUGUGCUUUUUUUUCUGUCAGUACAAAGGCAAGACUUCUUGGUAGUAAUAGUAGUUUAGUUGCUAAGUCAUGUCCAACUCUUGUGACCUCAUAGACUGUAUCCCACCAGGCUCCUCUGUCCAUGGGAUUCUCCAGGCAAGAAUACUGGUGUGGGUUGCCAUUUCCUUCUCCAGGGGAUCUUCCCCACCCAGGAAUCAAACCCCGGUCUCCUGCCUUGCAGGCAGAUUCUUGACCGACUGAACUAUGAGGGUAGGGUCAGCUCAUGAUGCCAGGCUGGGAAUCACAAGUGAAUUUCCCUUUUUUAUUUUAUUUUUUUUGUCCUUUUUUAUUUUUAAUGGCAACAUGUUUAAUUUAUGAAAGUUACCUUGCAGGUACGGAAUAUGUUUAUGCUAAGAGUCAGUCACCACUAAAAAGUCAAUUGUUUAUUAAAUCUUCUAGCUAACAACUGCAUUUUCUACUCAUGCUCGUCAUUACCCAGAAAAGGAGAAAGGAGCUGUGGAUUUGGUAGGAAAAGAAGGAUUGAUUAAGGAUUUUUUAAUAUCUUGCAUACCCUGAAAAUUGUAGCUCAAACAAUAUCUUAAUGACUUUGAUUAUAUUCCAGUCUUUGGGUAAAAGACUCUCAACAGCGGGCGAGAACUUCAAGUACAAUUAAUCAGUGGUUAGUGGAGUAAUUCUGCUUGUAUUUUUCUAUUAUAUAUCCAUGGUCAUCGUAUUUACUGAGAUUUCUGAAUGGCUGUGGUGACCUGGAUAUUGUACUAGGUCAGAAACUUUGUACAAAGUCAGCUUAUCCUUCCAUAACAUUUAAUCUUUCUCCUUACUAGCCCAGCUCUGCUUUCCCCAGAAUUUUCCACUGAUUUUACACCCACCCUGCUGGAUCCUCAGAUGCCUAAAGGCGACUCUGUAGUGGUGCUUUUGUAUGUUUCAGUUAAGCUCUUAAAUCUUAGGCAAAAUGGUGAGGAGAGGGCCAGGAUUCCUCUCUCCAGAAGGUCACUCCAAUGUUACUUUUGAUUCCUGGAGGGUAAAUGUGACUCCUUUCCAUAUCCGAAACCAAUCAAGAGCACAUUCUUGGAGGAAAAGCCAACUCCUCCUUUUUGCCUGUUCUCUUGUCUCAACUGAUUCGCAAGCUAUGUUCUUUUAAAAAAGAAAAAUGUUGAAGCCUAUUUAUUUGAGAGUCCUUGUUUUUUCUACUAAUUAUAUAGCUCACCAUAUAUUAUCAUUCACACCAAUCAUCCUGGUCAUAACAUCUUUGCAAAGAAAAAUAUAUACGGGCAGUAUUUUAUUAAAACAUUUUACUUAAGAAUGAAGUCUUGUUGAUUACUAUAUUUUAGAGGUAAUGUGAUCUGAAGCUUCUAAUUCUGGCUCAGCUAAAUUUCUAGCUCUUUCUCUAGUUCCCUAAACAAAUAAUUUGGUUUCUGUGUACUUACAUUUUCUUUUUGGAAAAGGAAGCUGUUUUAUCUUGGGUUGGGCCAGAAGUCCCAAUAGGGCUGCAGAGACUUAUGAAGUGUCAACAAGGGCACAGGCAGAGUUGAGCAUAUCAACAUAGGCACAAUAUUGUUGGCCAAGAUGGAACAUUAGUUACCAGACCACAGCGCAGCACAAGUUGCUUUAUGGGGUCAAACUACAACUUGAGAAGAGACAGGAAGGAUCAUUACCAAACUAAGCAAUCAGGGAAUGUAAGUCGUAGUAGCAGAAUAAGGCUGAGCCGACUUGGGAGUUCUCCAGUGGCUCAGUGGUUAGGGCUCUGGCACAGGUUCCGUCCCUGCCUGGUCUGGGAACUAAGAUCCCACACACUGUGCAGUGCUGCCAAAAGGAUUUAAAAAAUAAAAAUAAAAAGACUGAACAGACUAUGGAAUCCAGUACCCUGGUGUCAGCAAGCUUUUUGGUUACAGUUAAAGUCUGAACAGAGCAAGUCAUAGCAGCAAAGGAUGCUCAGAGAUACUGAAAGUGUCGCUCCAGAAUUUAUUUCAUCCUGGGUGCAGAGUCCCAACCUCCAAAAGCCUUGACUCACCAGCAUAACUCUCACUCUGAGAGUGAGACCUGAUCAUCCACCUCAGAAUGCUGGGGACUUCCCUGGUGGUCCAGUGGUUGAGUCUGCCCACCAAUGCAGGGGACAUGGGUUCGAUCCCUGGUUUGGGAAGAUCCCACGUGCCUUGGGCAACCAAGCCGGUGUACCACAAUUACUGAACCCACACUUUAGAGCCUGUAAGCUGCAACUGUUGAGCCUGAGCACUGCAAUUAGAGAGUAGUCCCCACUCACCUCAACUAGAGAAAGCCUGGGCACAGCAGCAGAAAAUUAAAAAAAGAAAAAGAACCUUGGGAUGUGAAUUUUUAGGGAAAGUUGAGUCCUCCUACAGAAUUUGAUUUAUUUGGGGUUGUUGGGGUGGGGGGGGCGCGGUGCGGCGAGCACCAGGCCCCUCUGAGAUGCUAAUGGUCUCAUCAGGGGAGAAGAGAAAUGGUCUUGUUCAAUUUGAAUUUGUUAGGUAGUUAGAAUAGGGAAAAAGAGUCCAAAAUGGCGGUGGCUAAAAGACCUGGAAGGGAAAGCCCACGAAAAUAGAACAAAGGAAGGUCCGAGGACCAGAGUGAGAACCUCAGGUAAAACAAACAACGCUCCUGCCUAAGCCCAAUUUACAUAAGACAGGCCCAGGGACAGAGAAACAUACAAAAAGAGGAGCCAAAGCCCUCUUCUCCCUUUUUGGCUCCCUCUCUCUCUCCCGCGCGAUGGGGCGAUCUUCUCUUCCCGUCUUUGGAUCAACGUGCCCCCACACCUCGAAGAUGGAUUUUCCUACUAUUAUCUAAAUAAAUAGAGCUGUAACACUGAGCUGUAACACUGAUUUAUUUAAGAGCUAUAACACGGUCCGUUCCAGACCUGAGAGCUAUAACAUGGUCUGUCCUCCGAGAGCUGUGACCCGCCAAGGGGCUUUAAUGUCCGUCACUCCAAGUUUUUGUUGUGACGAGACGAAGAACCGAGGAACAUACACUCGCG